GAGGACUACGGAGUUCAUGUGAUCUGUCACAUGACAGUGGGCGAGCCGAAAGGCAGAAUGGGACCCCGAUCCUGCCUCCUAGGGCUCUUUGCCCUCUUCGUCGCUGGCAAAUGCAGUUACAGCCCGGAGCCUGACCAGCAGAGGAGGCUGCCCCCUGGCUGGGUGUCCCUGGGCCGUGCGGACCCUGAGGAAGAGCUGAGUCUUACGUUUGCCCUGAGACAGCAGAACCUGAAGAGACUGUCCGAGCUGGUGCAGGCUGUGUCGGAUCCUGGCUCUCCUCGCUACGGCAAGUACCUGACCCUAGAGGAUGUGGCUGAACUGGUCCGGCCAUCACCAUUGACUCUCCACACGGUCCAGAAAUGGCUUUUGGCGGCUGGAGCCCGGAACUGCCACUCAGUGACUACACAGGACUUUCUGACUUGCUGGCUGAGUGUCCGACAGGCAGAGCUGCUGCUCUCUGGGGCUGAGUUUUAUCACUAUAUGGGAGGACCUGCAGAGACCCAUGCUGUGAGGUCCCCACAUCCCUACCGGCUCCCAAAGGCCUUGGCCCCGCAUGUGGACUUUGUGGGGGGGCUGCAUCGGUUUCCCCCUACAUCAACCCUGAGGCAACGCCCUGAGCCACAGGUGCUGGGGACUGUUGGCCUGCAUCUGGGAGUGACCCCAUCAGUGAUCCGUAAGCGUUACAACUUGACGGCACAAGAUGUGGGCUCUGGCACAACCAACAACAGUCAAGCCUGCGCUCAGUUCCUGGAGCAGUAUUUCCAUGAUUCAGACCUUGCUGAGUUCAUGCACCUCUUCGGUGGGGACUUUGCACACCAGGCAUCGGUAGCCCGUGUGGUUGGACAACAGGGCCGGGGCCGGGCCGGGAUUGAGGCCAGCCUAGAUGUGGAGUACCUCAUGAGUGCUGGCGCCAACAUCUCUACCUGGGUCUACAGUAGCCCUGGCCGGCAUGAGUCACAGGAGCCUUUCCUGCAGUGGCUUCUGCUGCUCAGUAAUGAGUCAGCUCUGCCAUAUGUGCACACCGUGAGCUACGGCGAUGACGAGGACUCCCUCAGCAGCACCUAUAUCCAGCGGGUCAACACUGAGCUCAUGAAGGCGGCUGCUCGGGGUCUGACCCUGCUUUUUGCCUCAGGUGACAGUGGGGCCGGGUGUUGGUCUGUCUCUGGCAGACACCAGUUCCGUCCCAGCUUCCCUGCCUCCAGUCCCUAUGUCACCACGGUGGGAGGCACAUCCUUCGAGAACCCUUUCCGAGUCACAAAUGAGGUCGUUGACUACAUCAGUGGUGGCGGCUUCAGCAACGUGUUCCCACGGCCUUCGUACCAGGAGGAAGCUGUAACCCGGUACCUGAGCUCCGGUCCCCACUUGCCACCAUCCAGUUACUUCAAUGCCAGUGGCCGCGCCUACCCAGACGUAGCUGCACUCUCUGAUGGCUACUGGGUGGUCAGCAACCACGUGCCCAUUCCAUGGGUGUCUGGUACUUCGGCCUCUACGCCAGUGUUUGGGGGACUCCUAUCCCUGAUAAAUGAACACAGAAUCCUCAGAGGCCUACCCCCUCUCGGUUUUCUCAACCCAAGGCUCUACCAGCAGCGUGGGGCAGGACUCUUUGAUGUAACCCGUGGCUGCCACGAGUCCUGUCUGGAUGAAGAGGUGGAGGGUCAAGGUUUCUGCUCUGGCCCUGGCUGGGAUCCUGUGACAGGCUGGGGAACACCCAACUUCCCAGCUCUGCUGAAGACACUAAUGAACCCUUGACCCUCUCCUGCUAGAAGGGUGGGCCUGUCCUCUGCCCCACAGCAGGUGGCUUGGUCCCUUAUUCUGCAGUGUUGGAAGCCCUGCUGAACCCUCAACCAUUGACUGCCACAGACAGCUUAUCUCCCUAACCCAGAAAUGCUGUGAGCUUGACUUGACUCCCAACCCUACCUGUUCCAUCAUACUCAGGUCCCCCUGCCCCAGGUUCCUCAACAGGUGCCACAACCAGCACUAUUUGGGAGCAUCCCCUGCAUACAACCUCUCCCACCCCCAGCCCCCGGGGCUCCCUGCUCCAUUUGUUUUCUUUUCAACCAGGCUUUUCCAACAUGUUUUCUACCCUGUCUGUGUACACUAUUUCACUGCAUCCUCACCCCUCAAUUCAUUGUCCUGAGACCUCUACUGUUAUUGUUUCACUCUUUCCUUCCCUGAGAAAUACUCCCAACCUUUGUUUUGUGAGCUCUCUGUCAUAGAAGCCUACUGCCUCUUCCUUCUUCGCUUCCAGGGCUUAACUUCUUCUCUGACCACUCCCUCUUCUUCCUUCAUUCCCUUUUCCCUCUUUCUCUUUCUCUGCUUCCUCAUUAAACGUUGUUGUAUUUUGUUGCUCUUGGUUUUUAACCAAAAUUUUAUAACUCUUGGUUUUUAUUUUAUCAAAGUAUAUGGGCACAUUGUCAAAUAGUUCUUUAAGUCUUAUUGCAAAAAAAAAAAAAAAAA